ACGUCACUGUAAUUUCCAUAUGUAUUGUGUCUGCUUUCCUUUUAAUUCUCUUCCUUGAUUUUUAUUUAAAUCUUUAAAUGGAUUGAAUAACAUAAAAAAAGUGAGAAAAACAGUCAUAUUAUUAUAGUGUUUCAAAUUUGUUGUGUGAUUUAAAAAAAAACAUGCUACAAUUGGCAUUAAAACAUAAAUUUGGUUACGAUGACUUCAAAAACGAGACACAAAAAAAAGCCACUGCCGCCGUUUAUAGAGGUGAUAAAGAUGUAUUUAUUCGAAUGCCCACUGGAUCUGGUAAAUCUCUUUGUUUUCAAUUGCCAGCAGUUUUAAAAGAAAAAUCUGUGACUCUUGUUGUUUCACCAUUAAUAGCAUUGGUCAAAAAUCAAUUGGAUUUUUUGGAGGGGAAAAAAAUCAAUGCUAAGGCAAUUAAUUCGAAAAGCACACAAAAUGAACGUAAGGCAAUUAUUGAUGAUUUAUUAUCAAAAGCACCAAAAAUUCAAUUACUCUAUGUCACACCGGAAAUGUGCCUUCAGCCGAAUUUUCGGUCCAUUGUGAAUUCCUUAAAUUCCAAUAAAACACUAUCUUAUUUGGUUAUUGAUGAGGCGCAUUGUUUAAGUCAAUGGGGACAUGAUUUUCGACCAAGUUAUAGAAAAUUGUCAUUUUUUCGUGAAACAUUUCCCGAAAUUCCCGUUGUUGCAUUAACAGCAACAGCAACAAAAGAGGUAAUCAAAGAUAUAACAUCAUCGCUAAAUAUGAAAAAUCCAUUAAUGAUAUCAACGCCAAUAUUUCGUUCAAAUCUUUAUUAUGACGUUUGGUACACAGCGUCAGUAAAAAAUCCCAUACAACACUUGAAAGAAUUUAUUGUUGAUUGUCUUGGUAUUAAUGAAGAAGAAACAACAACAACAAAGCCUGAAAAUAAAAAUUGUGGAAUUGUUUAUUGUCGUCGUAAAGAAGACACGGAAAUUAUUGCUGAAAAAUUAUCUUGUCUUGGAAUUUCAACGCUUGCAUAUCAUGCGGGAUUGAAAAGUAAAGAACGAGAGUCUGUUCAGGAUAAAUGGACAUCGGGCGAAGUUCCAGUAAUUGCAGCGACUUGCAGUUUUGGAAUGGGAGUCGAUAAGGGACCAGUUAGGUUCGUUGUUCAUUGGACAGUUCCACAAUCGAUUUCUGCCUAUUAUCAAGAAUCGGGAAGAGCUGGUCGUGAUGGAAAACCGGCAUUUUGUCGUGUUUAUUAUAGUCAAGAUGAAUGUAAUAUUAUUGGAUUCUUGAUAAAAGAAGCGAAAGGUGAAUUUUCACAAUUGCCACCAGAUGUGGCUAAACAUAAAUGGGGCGAUUUUGAAAAAGCAGUCGCUUAUUGUAUAGACGUUAAAUGUCGUCAUGGUGUUUUUUCGAAAUAUUUCAAUGAUUCAAUGCCGUCAUGUAAAAAUUUGUGUGACGUUUGUAAGGAUAAAGACGAGGUUAAAGCACGAUUAACGGAAUUGGAAUUUAAUUCAACGAAAAUUAAACAUAAUAAUAGAAAUAAUGAUAAAGAUGAUUUUCUUGGUCUUACGAAAAUUGACAAUGGUCUUUGUGAACAUGACAAUUGGAAUGAAAAUUCAAGUGAAAAACGCGAUGAAGAUCGACGUAAAGCUGAAAAGGAAUUAAUUGAUCGACAAUUUGCGUUGAGACGAAAUCAAAAAAGUCACGAGGAGGACAAAGAAGAGAAGGAAUAUGCAAAAUAUUCUUACAUAUUAUCUGCUGAAUUUACGUCAACAAAAAUUAAGGGCCUCACUGUUAAGACGAGGGAAGCACUUUACGAUCAACUUUUUGAGGUUUUAUCGAAAAAUUGCCGACAAUUUGAUUUAAAAUAUACCACUGAAGAUAUUCGAAAUUUGGCACUUCAAUUAGAAUACAAAAAUCUUUGCACCACACGAUUAAUUAAUACUUACAAACUCAAUAUGCAUAAACUGAUAUCCGCAAUAAGAAAAUGCAAUGAAAGCAAUUCACUUCACGAAAGUUUAAAGGAAGUGGAUAAAAAAAGAUCGGAAGCAAAUUUUGACGAUGAAAUGAAAAAAUUCGAGGAUUCAAUAAAUAUUGAAAUUUCAUCGACGACAAAAUUUGAUGGUUUCAAAUCGGCUUUACAAAUAUCAAAAUCUUUAUUAACGGAAAAAAAUGAAAAAUGUGAUAAAAAAUCAAGUGAUUCACAAUCAAAAAUUGACACAACGAAAUUAGCUGCCAAUGAAAAUAAUUCAUUACCCGAUCUCAAUAAACUGGAAUGUUUAAAAAAUAUUCAAUUUGAUGGUUUUAAAUCGGCAUUACAAAUUAUUAAAAUUCAAGAGGCAGAAGCAGCAGCCCGUGUCAAAGAAGAAAAACAUUUCAAACACGAAUCACAAUUAAAAAUUCAAAAUGAUGAUGAAGAGAAGCAAAAAGAAAAAAUGAAACACGAAUCACAACAAGAAUUAACAUUAAAAAGAGAUAGAAAUAAAUUGCAAAUUGAAAAAGAAUGUGAAAGUGAAAAAAAAAUAGAGACAAAAAUUGAUAAUAAUAAUAGAAAAAGUAAAAUAAUAAAACAAGAGAAAAGUACAAAACAAAUAGCGAGAGAUUCACUUUUCGAUUGUGAACCACGUGAAUCGCCACGUAAAAAAAAAUUGGAAAAUUAUUUUCAAAAUGAUGUUAUUUCUGCAUCAUCUCAAAAAAUAAUGAAAUCAUCAUCUGCGGAAAUUAUUUAUAAUAAUGAUAAUGAAACAAAAGCAAAAAAUGAAGGACAAGAAGAAGAAAAACAAGAAAAAGAUGUAAAAAAAUUAAUAGAAAAAGAAAUGAAAAAUUCUAAGCGAAAAUUAUCGCGAGAUGAAAAAACAAAAAUUAAUUCUCAAACAAAAAAAUCUAGUAAUGAUAAUAAAAAAAAUUAUAAAAAAGAUGUGAAUGUUGCAUUACAUUGGAAAAUUUCGGAGAUAACGAAAAAAAACCUUCAAGAAUAUUUUCCAUCGCCCGACAUUCCCGAUAGUGAUACAUUUAAAUUAAUUUGCCGUAAAAUGGUUCAUCAAUUACUCGCCAAACGAAUGUCAGAGGAAAAAGACAUACAAAUUUUCGUCAAGAAGAAUUUAGCAUUUUUUAAAUCAAAAUUGCUGAGCAAAGCUUAAAUUCUUUUAGGAAAUUUGAUUUGUAAAAUGUAUAUAUACGAAAUCAAGUUUCUAUAUUUCAAUAACUAAAUAAUAUUUAUUAUAUAAUAAUUUUUUUUAUUAUUUAAGUGUUUGUUCGAAUGUUAGACAUUAUUACUAUUAUUAUUAUUAUAGUUCUUACGCUAAGUUGUUACAUUUAAUUUUUUUUCGAUUAUAUUUAUAAAAUAAAGUAAUCUCGUCAUUAUAAUAUUGUUCCCUCGAAACUCAAUAAUAUUAUAUAUAUAUGUAAAAUUCGUAAAUUUAGAAAAAAAGAAAGAAUUAUAUUUAAAUAAAAUUAAUCUGCAUUGCAUUAA